AGUGGGUGUGGGUAUGGGUGUGGGUGUGGGUGUGGGUGGUGCCCGCCCUCCCUAAGUGGGGUCUACUGCCCUCCUGGUCCCCUCCGGCAGCAGCAAUCCAGCUCCCGCUAUCAGGCCCUGCGACACUGGACCGUGGCUCCGGAGGGUGACUCCAGAAUGAAAAUGAAGCCCUUGACGUUGCUGGUCUGUUUGAUCCUUGGAAUCCUGUGUUCUGUGGGGUCCAGGGGGAAGGUGAGAGCUGUGGAUCCUGAAGCAAACAUGAAUGUGACAGAAAUUAUCCGACACUGGGGAUUCCUGGCUGAGGAACACCUGGUGGAGACAAAAGAUGGGUAUAUUCUGUGCCUUCACCGAAUUCCUCAUGGGAGGAAGAACCAUUCUGACAAAGGUUCCAAACAAGUUGUCUUUCUGCAACACGGCUUUCUGGCAGAUUCUAGUAACUGGGUCACAAACCUUGACAACAGCAGCCUGGGCUUCAUCCUUGCUGAUGCUGGUUUUGAUGUGUGGAUGGGAAACAGCAGGGGAAACACCUGGUCUCGGAAACAUAGGACACUUUCAGUUUCUCAGGAUGAAUUCUGGGCCUUCAGUUUUGAUGAGAUGGCAAAAUAUGACCUACCAGCCUCAAUUGACUUCAUUCUGAAUAAAACUGGCCAAAACCAAGUGUAUUAUGUGGGUCAUUCUCAAGGCAGCACAAUAGGUUUUAUAGCAUUUUCACAGUUUCCUGAGCUGGCCAAAAAGAUUAAAAUGUUUUUUUCCAUGGCUCCUGUGGUUUUAGUGGAUUUCUCUACAAGCCCUCUAACCAAAUUAGGACAAAUGCCGGAUCUUGUCUUUGAGGAGAUAUUUGGGCGCCAAGCUUUUCUCCCCCAGAAUGAGAUUCUGAAGUGGCUAAGUACCCGCAUUUGUACCCAUGUCAUUAUGAAGGAGCUUUGUGGAAAUGUCUUCUUUCUUCUGUGUGGAUUUAAUGAAAGGAAUUUAAACAUGUCUAGAGUGGAUGUGUAUACAACACAUUGCCCUGCUGGAACUUCUGUGCAGAAUGCGUUACACUGGGGCCAGGCUGUUAAAUACCAAAAGUUUCAAGCCUUUGACUGGGGAAGCAGUGCCAAGAAUUAUUUUCAUUACAACCAGAGUUAUCCUCCCAUGUACAAUGUGAAAGACAUGCCUGUGCCCACUGCACUCUGGAGUGGAGACCACGACUGGCUUGCAGAUGCCAGCGACAUCAGUGUCUUACUGACUCAGAUCCCUAACCUGGUGUACCACAAGCGAAUUCCUGACUGGGAUCAUAUUGACUUUAUCUGGGGCCUGGAUGCCCCUUGGCGGAUGUACAAUGAAAUUAUUGAUCUGAUGAGGAAAUACACAUGAAAACCAAAAUUCAGACGUGGACCAGCAAGUCAUGCGAAAAUGUGUUUGCUUGAUUUCCGUAAAACACUUAUUUUCCUUCCCCAGAUCUUUUGUAUUUUUGUAAGAAAAUUAUGACUUUGAAGAUGCCCAGUUUUCUACAGUUAGGAUUCGAAACACACUAGCUACAUUUUGCUUACUUAUGGCAGAAUCUGAAGCCAGUGUCACUAUCGUGUUGUCUUGAAGAAAUAUCAUUGACAUGUGACAAUACAUGUAAACCUGUUCUGUUUCUCCUUACAAUUUAAAAUUACUGUAUUGCCUUUUUACCCCUAUCCAGGUUAAGUUAAUAGAUGUAUUGGAAAUUUUGCACUCUGUUGGUUGUUGGUAAAUAAUCUGUCACUGACUUAAUCACAGUAUAAAAAGAAGUAUCCAGUUCUCAUCUCCUUUCCUUCAAGGGCUCCAUAGUCUAAUUGUCUUAUAUUUAGGGAUAUAAACAAAACUUUGUCAUAUUUUUGUGUAGUAGGUACUUAGUCAAGUUCAGUGCUAUCCUAGCUGUGCCAGUAGUGAAAAUUCCAUAAUGAAUUUUAUCAGACCAAAGUAACAUAUAUUUAACAAAUGUUUAAAUUGCUCAGGUCAAGCAAAAUAGCUUGCUGAAGUUUUGAAGAGCAUAUUGCACUGAUUUAUAAAUAACUUGAAGGCUGAUACAUUCAACUAUCUAUAUUUGUGAACUCUAGAUUGCAUGGCAGGCUGUAAUUCUACUUGUUUCAGCAGAAUAGUACUGUGAAGAGACUAUAAGGAACUCUGAACCAGCUGCUGUAGCUCAUUGAUGAGGUCAUUGUGAACCCAAAGCCCUGUGGUCCCCUAUAAGGUGUCCUGGUUCAUUUUCACUCGUAUGAAAUGUGAAUAUGAAUGUUUUAGUUUAAAGUUCAGCUCAGGAAUUCAUUUUAUAUUUUAGUUGAGUUUCAUCUAUAUUGUUAUAAGCCUGCUUUGCAUCCCUGUAUCAGGAAGCCUAUAUUUGUCUGGUUUUCUUGCAAUAUUGUUUCCUUAUAAUACUGUCAGGUGGACAGAAUGAUAAUUGAUGUUUUUCUGAUAUACUUAUUUUCGCUACAAUAACGAUACUUGGUAUUGAGUACAUGCGGGCAGAAUAAUACUACUUGUAACAUUAAGAGAUUUUAUUUAAACUUUCCAAUAAAAAUCAAAGAGCUUCACAGGCCUAAA